AAUUUAAUAAAAGGGGCACGCCAAUUUUCAUACAAAAAUUAAUCCUCCAAUGACUCUGACUCAUCCUUUACGUCAUGGACCAAGACAGUAUAAUUCUUGAGUCGUAUCAAACUAAUUGGUUUAAAAUCAAAGUAUCUUCUUUGUCUCUUGUUCCAGCCUAGCUUCUCUCUUUAAAAUUUUCGGAAGUUGUCUUUCCCCCAUAACUGGAGUUUCUGUUUCUUUGACACACACACACAAAAAAAAAAAAAAAAAAAAAAAAAAAAAAAGGACAUGACCAACAAAGUGGAUUAUUGGUUCCAGGCCGUUUAUGUUGUUUUGGCGUUUUGCUCUGCUUUGAUUUUGGGUGCUCUCAAAAGUUUGCUAGUGGGUCCAAUUGCUGGCCUAAUACUCAUUUUAGGAAAUGUUGGGGUGAUUUUAUGUCUUUUCCCAGCACAUGUUUUCUGGACAGUUUACACCCUUGUCAAGACUAAUAGGUUUGAUGCGCCACUUAAAGUUGCCUUCUUGUUCGCUUUGCCAGCUUUAUUUGCUAUUUGGUUGGGUUUAAGCAUAGCUGGUAGUGUUCUUGUGGGAGUUGGAUAUGGAUUCUUCGCCCCUUGGGUUUCUGCUUUUGAAGCUUUCAGACACGACGACAACGAUUAUAACAAGUUCAUUCACUGCAUUGUGGAUGGAACAUGGGGAACCAUAAAAGGUAGUUGCACUGCUGUCCGAGAUUUUGCAGAUAUGUGUUAUCAUUCUUAUCCAAUGUAUUUGAAGGAACUGCGUGAUUCCCCUGCUUCUCUUGACUUUCAACCUUUUAGAUUCAUCCAUGUACCAGGAUGUAUACUGGUUGGUUUAAUGGGACUGAUUGUGGAAAUUCCUCUUUACACUGCUAUAGCCAUAGUGAAAAGCCCAUUUAUGUUGUUCAAGGGAUGGUAUAGACUCAUACAUGAUCUGAUAAGCCGCGAAGGCCCAUUCCUUGAAACUGCAUGCAUUCCCAUUGCUGGCCUAACAAUCCUUCUGUGGCCUCUUGUUGUCAUUGGAAGUGUCAUAAUGGCUAUUUUCUCCAGCUUUUUCAUUGGAUUAUAUGGAGCUGUUAUUGUUUAUCAGGAGAGGUCAUUCCAAAGAGGUGUUGCUUUUGUGGUUGCAAUGGUGGCAGAGUUUGAUGAGUACACAAAUGAUUGGCUUUACCUUAGAGAAGGGUCCAUUCUUCCAAAGCCUCAUUAUCGAAAAAACAAGGGAUCCAGUUUGUCAGAGCACUCUGUGAAACGAAACAGUUCAGUACAAGGCAGAUUAAACUCGAUAUUUUCUGAAGCACCUGCAAUGCUUGUGCCAAGCCUAACGUCGUCUAGAUCAGUGAGGGAGGCAAUACAAGAAGUUAAAAUGGUGCAGGUGUGGCAGAACAUGGCAAGAUCAUGUGAACUAAGGGCCAAGGAAUUAUUGGACGCGAAAGUGAUAAACCCCGGCGACCUAGAUGAUUGGUUGAAGACAAAGCAUGGUCUUGAUGUUGCAGUCAUCAACGUUGGUUUACCGUGUUAUACAUUUCUACAGAUAAUCUUUUAUUCCAUAAAAGCCGGAUCAGAUGGACUGUUCCUUCUUGAGGAUCUUGAAAUCACUCACCUGAACAGACCUCAGGACAGAUUGUUGGACUGGUUUUUCCAACCAGUCAUGGUCCUCAAGGAACAAAUUAGAGUCCUAAGUCUAGAAGAAGGUGAAAUGAGGUUCCUAGAGAAAGUAGUCCUUUUCCAAAGCAACUCUGAACGCUUUAAGGCCUGGGAAAAUGGAAGCGUGGCACCUCAAGAUUCUCUUAGAGCUGCCCAAAUUGAAGGCAUAAGCCGAAGGAUGGUGGGAAUGAUUAGAAGUGUUUCCAAGUUUCCAACUUAUAGAAGGAAAUUCAGACAGAUAGUGAAAACAUUGAUCAUGCAGUAUUCCAAUAGUUCCAGAGAAGGUUCCACGCGAUCUGUUCCCCGUUCUGUAAUAAAGAACAGUUCCACCAGAUCAGUGUCCUCAAGAUCAAAUGGUUCUCUUGAAAUUGUUUGAACAUUCUAAGUAUGGAAUAGUUAUCUUUAAGUCCCAUCACGAUGAUUUAUGUGAGUUCAUUAAGUUUCAUUGUUUGAAAGACUUCACAAAGUAGGCUAACAAUUGAUUUCCAAAGCUCAAAUCUCUUCCUACGGACAACUUGAGGAGCUUAAAGACAUCUUAACAGAAAUCGUCAACAACACAUCAAGAAAGGUCUCAAGCGUAGACCAUACAGUCUUUUUCAGAACACACUAUCAAGUGAACUCAACAGGCUUUAGAGAUCAAAAGAAUCUGUUUUUUUGCACAGAUGCUAGUUCUUUUUUCUUUUUUUUUUCAAUUUCAGUUAUUUCCCUGUUUGAAACUUGUAAAGCCAUGACUUUUUCUUCUUUCUUCUUGUUUGUUUUCCUUUUUCCUUUUAAGGGGUACUUCCCAAUAGAGUGAAGUUUAGAGUGGGAGAUGAUGUAAAGUACUGUUAUUUUUCAAUCGGUAGAAUAUUGGAUCAUUCUACGUUUUGCUCAA